CGGAGGCGGAGGCGAAGGAAGGGAGGUGGGAGGCGGAACCGGAGGUGAUGGAGGUGGAGAUGGGAGUCGGGGGAGCGAUGGAGGAUGGGGAGAUCGAGGGGGGAGUUGAUCAGGAGGAGGAGGAGGAGGAGGACAAGGCGGAGGGGAAUGGGGACGGGAGGAUGGCUGAGGAGGACGGCGUGGGGGACCGGAAGGUGUGGAGGAAGAGGAAGAACAAGCAGCAGCAGCAGGAGCAGCAGCCGCGCACGCCCAUCGUGGCGGAGAGCCGUGCCUCGUGGAGGGGCAAAGUCGGGAAGGGGAUAGGACGGGGGUUUCACCACCGCCCUUGGAUUCUGCAACAGUACAUGCUGAACAGAUUUAACAGACCUGGAGUAUACGGUGGUGCCAUUAUCAUCUGCAAUCACAUGCUUAAGCGGGAGUUCUUCCAGAAGAAACUUUUUGGACUUCCAGGCUAUGCUACAUCUUUCAUAAAGAAGAUCAGAGCUGGUAUGCUUCUCUUUGUGUUUGAGCAUGAGGAAAGAAAACUUUAUGGGGUAUUUGAAGCUAAUUCAGAUGGAUCACUGAACAAUCUUACAAAUCCAUUUACUUCUUUGAGGAAGCCCCGACCAGCCCAGGUUCAUUUCAGAAGAGUGUGGUUUUGCAAACCCUUGGUUGAAAUUGAGUUUUCUAGUGCCAUCAAGGGAAACUGUCUCCAACCCCAAAUGUCCUUCUUUGGUAUAUCAUACCAACAGGUUUUAAAUCUGGUGGACCUGUUUGCUUCAAAGAGGAUUGGAUUGCAGCCUUACCAGAAACCAAAAUCUAGAGUUAUAUGGGAUUACAAAAUCUCUCUGGCUCAUCCUGGCCGAGAGUUCAGUCCACACACUCGUAACAUGACCUCUAGCCGUUCACCUCCCAUAUUUUGCAAGAACAGAUUUUCAUUCCCACACAGUUGUUUCAUGCAGACCAAACAGAAUGCUAAGCAUGGUGCUUGCAAGUAUGAAUCUCCUUUAUAUGUUCCACUUAAGUCUGUGAUAUUCAAAGCACCAGAUGUCAAAGGAGAGAGCUUAGAGCCAAAUGCUGAUUAUAUACCACUUGAGCUAGAUGAUUGCAAGUCUGACAGUGAUGCAGAUCUGUCAGAUGGUUUGGAAACUAUAGGCUUCUAUUCAACACUAGAGGGCUGCAUCAGCCUUGAGAAUCAAGAUCUCAAACCUUUUAAUGGAAAUUUCAUUGGGGAUGGUGGGCAUAAUUCACAUGUGCUGAUUCCAGGGCUCAAUUCUGAAUGUGGAACAGGUCGAAACAGUGUGCUUUCUCACAUUAUGAAAGAGAGGCAAUCAAUCUUGCAGGCCAGGGGAGGCAAGAGGUGCAAACGCAAGGCAAUUCUCGAGUUUGAUGAACACUCAUCCCCAAGGAGAUGUACUAUGAAAAAGGUUUCAUUUAGUUUUUCUGGUGAAGAAAUUUCAGUUACUUCUGAGAAAUCAUUGCACAGGCCUGAAUUUAUGGAAUUAGAUAGCAGAAGGGAAGCAUCUACUGAAGAAGGAAAGCCAGAAGUUGGUUGCUUGGUUCAAAAGACUUGGAGCAAAGGGGAAGAUGUUUCAGCAAAAGUCAAGCUGAUGAGCCUUUCCUUGCCUGAAGGAAUUGCUGAUCAUGUCCAUAGCUGCUCCAGCAAUAGUCGAUCACUAGUGACUCAAACAGGUAUCAAGUUGACCUACACAGUUCUCACGGACAAGGAAUGAAAGUUGAAGAACAACCUUUCAAUCGAGGAAAUGUAGUAAAGAUAGGGUUCAUUCACUAGCUAAAUAUAGUUUUGUUGCACCAAUGCUCUCCUUGAGAGGAAUUUCUCCGAGGGAACUUCUUGGAUAGGUAAAUCCUAGGAUGGCACCAAUAUGCUUUCGUCUCACAAUGCUUUAGGCCUAUUAGCUGAUGUAAAUAUAGCCUCACAGUUAUCACAGUUUUCGUCUUCCAAUUCAACAAAACUCCAGCAUGAGUGCUGUUUUGGAUCUGUAAGAGGAUCCGAGUACAAUGCCUAACUGACAUUUAUAUACUAUAGUAUUUUGUGGGCACUCUGCUUACUAG